ACCUCAUUCACUCUGGCGCGGUCAGCAGCACACCAGCGCGAAAUUCGCCGGUGCCAGCGACUCAGUCAACCCCAGCACCAGUUUCACCCGGAGCCACGCAGCACUACGCUACCGAAGUACCUUCUACUCCAACCAUCCCUCAAAAUAAGCCAGUCCUUGACCACUCCAGGACACUCAUCACCGACAGCGACCUUCAUGCGCUCCAAGACAUCAUCCAAACGCUCCAGAACGCCCUCGCCGAGGAGCAGAAAACAUCAGCCGCUUUAGCCGCCGCCAACCGUACGGAUCUCCACAAUCUGACAGAAGAGAACACAGCGCUAAAAAAUACACUAAACCUCCUCCAGCAACAGCAGCAGCACAACGAAAAGGCCAAUACACAGCACCACGACUCAUCACAACUACUGCAACAGCGCAGCGAGCUGGAGGCGCAGGUGGCACGGCUGGCGGCGGACCGCGACGAGGCACGCCAGCAGCUGGGCGCGACCGCUGACGAGCUGCAGCAGCGCCUGGACGCCGCCACGCGGCAGCGCAGCGAGCUGGAGGCGCAGGUGGCACGGCUGGCGGCGGACCGCGACGAGGCACGCCAGCAGCUGGGCGCGACCGCUGACGAGCUGCAGCAGCGCCUGGACGCCGCCACGCGGCAGCGCAGCGAGCUGGAGGCGCAGGUGGCACGGCUGGCGGCGGACCGCGACGAGGCACGCCAGCAGCUGGGCGCGACCGCUGACGAGCUGCAGCAGCGCCUGGACGCCGCCACGCGGCAGCGCAGCGAGCUGGAGGCGCAGGUGGCACGGCUGGCGGCGGACCGCGACGAGGCACGCCAGCAGCUGGGCGCGACCGCCGACGAGCUGCAGCAGCGCCUGGACGCCGCCACGCGGCAGCGCAGCGAGCUGGAGGCGCAGGUGGCACGGCUAGCGGCGGACCGCGACGAGGCACGCCAGCAGCUGGGCGCGACCGCUGACGAGCUGCAGCAGCGCCUGGACUCCGCCACGCGGCAGCGCAGCGAGCUGGAGGCGCAGGUGGCACGGCUGGCGGCGGACCGCGACGAGGCACGCCAGCAGCUGGGCGCGACCGCUGACGAGCUGCAGCAGCGCCUGGACGCCGCCACGCGGCAGCGCAGCGAGCUGGAGGCGCAGGUGGCACGGCUGGCGGCGGACCGCGACGAGGCACGCCAGCAGCUGGGCGCGACCGCCGACGAGCUGCAGCAGCGCCUGGACGCCGCCACGCGGCAGCGCAGCGAGCUGGAGGCGCAGGUGGCACGGCUAGCGGCGGACCGCGACGAGGCACGCCAGCAGCUGGGCGCGACCGCUGACGAGCUGCAGCAGCACCUGGACGCCGCCACGCGGCAGCGCAGCGAGCUGGAGGCGCAGGUGGCACGGCUGGCGGCGGACCGCGACGAGGCACGCCAGCAGCUGGGCGCGACCGCUGACGAGCUGCAGCAGCGCCUGGACGCCGCCACGCGGCAGCGCAGCGAGCUGGAGGCGCAGGUGGCACGGCUGGCGGCGGACCGCGACGAGGCACGCCAGCAGCUGGGCGCGACCGCUGACGAGCUGCAGCAGCGCCUGGACGCCGCCACGCGGCAGCGCAGCGAGCUGGAGGCGCAGGUGGCACGGCUGGCGGCGGACCGCGACGAGGCACGCCAGCAGCUGGGCGCGACCGCCGACGAGCUGCAGCAGCGCCUGGACGCCGCCACGCGGCAGCGCAGCGAGCUGGAGGCGCAGGUGGCACGGCUGGCGGCGGACCGCGACGAGGCACGCCAGCAGCUGGGCGCGACCGCUGACGAGCUGCAGCAGCGCCUGGACGCCGCCACGCGGCAGCGCAGCGAGCUGGAGGCGCAGGUGGCACGGCUGGCGGCGGACCGCGACGAGGCACGCCAGCAGCUGGGCGCGACCGCUGACGAGCUGCAGCAGCGCCUGGACGCCGCCACGCGGCAGCGCAGCGAGCUGGAGGCGCAGGUGGCACGGCUGGCGGCGGACCGCGACGAGGCACGCCAGCAGCUGGGCGCGACCGCCGACGAGCUGCAGCAGCGCCUGGACGCCGCCACGCGGCAGCGCAGCGAGCUGGAGGCGCAGGUGGCACGGCUGGCGGCGGACCGCGACGAGGCACGCCAGCAGCUGGGCGCGACCGCUGACGAGCUGCAGCAGCGCCUGGACGCCGCCACGCGGCAGCGCAGCGAGCUGGAGGCGCAGGUGGCACGGCUGGCGGCGGACCGCGACGAGGCACGCCAGCAGCUGGGCGCGACCGCUGACGAGCUGCAGCAGCGCCUGGACGCCGCCACGCGGCAGCGCAGCGAGCUGGAGGCGCAGGUGGCACGGCUGGCGGCGGACCGCGACGAGGCACGCCAGCAGCUGGGCGCGACCGCUGACGAGCUGCAGCAGCGCCUGGACGCCGCCACGCGGCAGCGCAGCGAGCUGGAGGCGCAGGUGGCACGGCUGGCGGCGGACCGCGACGAGGCACGCCAGCAGCUGGGCGCGACCGCCGACGAGCUGCAGCAGCGCCUGGACGCCGCCACGCGGCAGCGCAGCGAGCUGGAGGCGCAGGUGGCACGGCUGGCGGCGGACCGCGACGAGGCACGCCAGCAGCUGGGCGCGACCGCUGACGAGCUGCAGCAGCGCCUGGACGCCGCCACGCGGCAGCGCAGCGAGCUGGAGGCGCAGGUGGCACGGCUGGCGGCGGACCGCGACGAGCUGCAGCAGCGCCUGCAUGGAAUGGUACGUCGGUGCAUUUCCCUCGAGUGGGUGGCAGAGCAGCGGACGGAUGAGAUGGAGGACCCUCGGCAGCCAUUGUGUGAAGUGUGCGAACACUUGAAGGUGAGGCAGGCCGCUGUGGAGGCCGAAAAUGCGGAUCUGAAGGCCCAUCUAAGGCAGUUGGUUGAGGAAGAGAGGAGGCUGAGGGAGGUGUUGUCAUGUGUGAGAGGCGGGCAACUACUCGUCGACGCAGGGGAGGUGCAGCCUGUGGGCGUUGCAUCACUCGUCGAGCGCAUUCUCGACGAAGCCGAUGAUCUUCGCUCGCGUCUUGCUGGGAGCACAGAGGAAGUGAACCUGUAUCGCAGUCGCGCUCUGCAGGAGCGCGAAGCUGCGCGGAACCAAAUUACAAAGCUUGAGGCGGAGGUGGCGCAUCUCAUGAGCGAACGUGACAUCGCGCAUCAGCAAGGAUUCCGUGAUCUCAGUGAGGUGCAGCGUCAACUUGACGACGCCAUUCAGGAACGCGACAGUGCACGCCAUCGAUGCGCCGGACUGGAGGCCAAGAUGGCCAUCAUGGAGUCGAAGUUGAAAGCGGCCAAAGCCGAACUUCUAGAGGUCUCGGAGAAGGCGUCCUCGUUGUGGACACGGCUGUCCGCAUCGUACGGUGGUGCGCCAGUGAGGCCGGGUUCUUCGUCACCAUCGUCCUCGGGGGCUAGUGAUGCUUCUACCGUUCUCGGCGUGGUACGCCACCCCCCCGUGCCAAAAGGGGGCCCUACCGGGAAUGGUGGAUCCUCGCCCCCGUGGGGGGGGGCUUCACCACACCACACUAAUUAUCCAUGA